GAUAAAGUUUCCCGAAAUCUCUUCAGGAAAAAAAGACGUAUGCGUGAGGAGACGCGUGCCAAGCGCCAGCGCGAGCUCCCUUCAUCCAAAAGACAGCGGAUAAUUUAUUCUCCCUGUCUUUAAGGAUUUCUACAACUUGUGGUAACCACGGCUUCAAAGGUGGACAGCAUUUUUUCCUCUCUUUCCCUGCAUUUCUUCAAGAAAGAAAUGGAAGAGGGUUCCAGUUCUCCGGUCUCCCCUGUGGAUAGUCUGGUGACGAGCGAGGAGGAGCUGGAGCGGCAGCAGAAGCGCUGCCCCAGAAAGAGGAGACACAGCAAAAAGUCCGGCGAGGACAGCAGCGGGAGCAGCCCGGCUCACGUGAAGCGGGGCAAGAAACCCAGUCCGAGCAGCUCUCAGUCGUACGAGGAGCUGCAGAACCAGCGGGUUCUGGCCAACGUCCGGGAGCGCCAGCGGACUCAGUCUCUGAACGAGGCCUUUGCGUCUUUGCGCAAAAUCAUCCCCACGCUGCCGUCGGACAAACUCAGCAAGAUACAGACGCUUAAGCUGGCCUCCAGGUACAUAGACUUCCUGUGUCAGGUGCUGCAGAGUGACGAGAUGGACAACAAGAUGUCCAGCUGCAGCUACGUAGCACACGAGAGACUCAGUUACGCGUUCUCCGUGUGGAGGAUGGAGGGCGCCUGGUCCAUGUCAGCAUCCCACUAGCAUCGGGGACACCUUCAGGUCUAAUGCCAAAGCGACUGUUUCUAAAGAAUAAAAGGGACUAAUGAAGAACUCAUCAACCUCAAAGGGCCUUGGAGGAGACGCGUCAUGUGAUUUUCUUCGAGCUCAUUGCAGUGCGCGUGCACGCGUGCGUGUGGACAGCUCCUCUCGUUUACGGCCUGUAUUCCAGCAAAGACACCUUUUAUUUUUAUUAUUUUUUACAUGAAGAAUUUUUUUCAAAGACUUUGAAACCAAAGUAUGAAUCUAUAUAAAUGUAAAUAAUUAGUAAUAUCCUGCUAAGGGACCAAUGCAAUUUUUACGUUGUUGUUUUUUUUUGUAUCUUUUUUUCGCUGCAUGGGUUUAAAAUCACGACUUUCUGUUUCAUUUCCGUCCAUUUUACACUGUUUCGUUUAUUUAUUAAACUGGAUUUUUUAAAACCAAUUUAGCCUCCUUUUAUGUACUUCACGAGUAUUUCUUCAGGGAAUAAAACCAAAUUUAAAAGAACCGGGAUCGUUUUAAUCGAUUAACUGACGAACCGCCCACCACCACCUUCCCUUCUGCUGGUUAGAGAAAGAAAAAAAGGACUUUGAAAAGAAGAGAAGACUAUAAAGACUCAUUAGGAGGGAGGAAAAACUCAGUCACAUAAAAAGUUUGUGUGGAUUUAAAAGCAGCAAAAGGAGCAGGGAGCCCCAAAUGGCGCAGAAUUGCGCAACAACGCUGCAAGGAAGAGACAUAAAGGAAGUCUCCCCAAAAACUUUCUUUGGAAUUGUUUCUCUGCUUCUGAAUGAAUUAUCACCGUUUAAAUCUAGACGUUAUUCAGUCUAAAAACUGAAUUUAUGCAGAUUUUUGGCUCCUUCUGUUGCAAACAUUUUAACUUAUUCCCAAAAAAACAACACUCAUGUUUAAACAUACAGAUAUUUAAAACUGUCCUGUGUGAUUUCAUGCAUUUUACUGUGAGUGAAUCAGGAAUUUGCUGCCACAAACAAGUAAUUUUGUUUUAUUUUUUUGUUGGGUUGUUGAGCAUGUAUUAUAACAUAUUUGUUUUUGAAUUUACAGAAAUGCAUUUCAUUUUGUAGCUGCGGGGCUUGCAGUUUAAGGAGAGUCUUUCCAACUCUUACCUUAGUGCUUCAGUCGAGUCGUCCGGUUUAAAGGGAAAAACGAAGGUCAUAACAACGGACGUGGCCCGAAAUCUAGCAAACCCACCGUCAGUUUGGUGUGUUUAUUGCAUUCAACAGCAGGUGAAAUCAUCAAUGAAAAUGUUCACAAUAAGUUGUUAAGGAUAAGCAGAUGCUGUAGUUUGGUCAUGGUGGUCUGGGAUGUUGCUGGGCAGCUCUUCCUCCCCAGGCCAGCUGAGCCAUAGGAGCCCGUUUGAUACCUGCUCAUUAUCCAGGGCCCUUACAGCCGAGCCGCUCAGAAUCACCCAGGGGGCCAGCGCUCCAGUGGUGCGAGAGAUCCAGAUGUUUCCCGUAAAAUCAAACGGAAAAAGCUACAAAACUUUAAUUUGCAGUAAAAAGGGAAUAAAGUAAAGGUUUACACUCCGCGUGUCUCAAAUGGUAUUCUGUGUUCGUCUGGUUCAGUAAAAAAAACUCCAAAUAUUAACCUUCUGCCCCUCCGAGGCUGAUGCGAGCCUGACUGAACCUUGUUUGUUUGUGUGCUUUUCUGGCAAAGCGGAGAGUCAGCUGCGUUGGCCACCAUCGAGGCAAAAAGCUUUCGUCAGGCUUCAGAAAAGCCUCAAGUGUUGGUCUCCAUCUUCAACUUCCUUUUGUUUUAAACUAACCACACAAGUUCAUUAAAACGUAUUUUAAGUACA